CAUGCGGAAUGGUAUCGGACGAGCAAAGCUUUGCUGUAGCAGGAGAAUGACGAGCAGGCUACUCAACCUGGACCUCAUAUCGAAUCAGAGCGGCAAAGCCGAGCAAGGCAUCGUCGAGAGUACAUCAAGAAAUAUUGUCGGGAAAAGAGAGCUCUACAGCGGCAGCAAAAGCAGGAGCAGGAACAAAACGAGCAGGCUGCUCAAGCCGAAUCCCAAUUCGAACGCUCAAAGAGUCAAGGACAGACGUGACCCUGCCUUUCACAUUGGAGGCAUUUGGACUGAUUGAUGGCGUGUGUACAUUUCUAGAUCCUCUUCUUCCAUGCAUAGAUAGGUCCUUUUAUACCCUAACUCUGGCAGUAACUGGAUAGGGUUGGUUGCUUUUGGAGGAAUCAUCAGGAAACGGUAAUAGGCGAUAUGAGACAGGAAAUAGGAAACAGGCAAUAGGAAAUGCGGAAAAGGAUAGGAUAGGCUAGGCUAUUCAUCAGUGGCAGCGCUGUUUCACAAAAGGUUCUUUUUUUUUUUUUCUUCACGUAGUCGAGAUAUCCAACAUUGAUUGUUAUGGUU